GUUUCAAAACGAAAGAAAAACAAAAAUUGUAAACAUGGCGAGCUUUCAUGACAAUGAUUUUUCGGAUAUAGACGACACAGAAAUGGAAUAUAUGAUGGGAUUUAAUGAAACCGUGAAUGAUUCAGAUAUUUCUAUGUCUAGUGACGAUGAUUCUGACGACGAUGUGCCUUUAGUUGACUUAAUUCAGCGACAGAAUGUGAACCGACGUGACGAGGAAGUGGGUGGGGUACAAGAAUGGAGUGCAAAUUUUAGACCGAUAAAUGUUAACGUUUUCAGUGGAAAUCCGGGACCUUCCGUGAUUAUGGAUGUAAAUAAAACUGAAAUUGAUUUUUUAAAUUUAUUAUUCACACCCCAGAUGAUUCAACAAAUCGUGGAUGAGACCAACAAAUAUGCAACAAAAAAGCAGCUGGAGAAACCUGAUGAUAAAUGGAGGAACGUUACAUUUAGUGAAAUAAGAGCCUAUUUUGGAUUUCAGAUUGUGAUGGGGAUUAUUGCAGCACCAAAUUUGGAUAUGUACUGGAGUAGUGAUCCUAUGUUUAGUCCAUGUGGAAUAAAAGAGAGAAUGACACGCGAUCGGUAUGAUAAAAUCAGUAAGUACUUCCACGUAGCUGACACAUCAUGCAAUCCGGCACGCGGACAACCAGGCCAUGACAAACUUUCACAUGUUCGACCGAUUCUUGAAGCCGUGCGUGUAAAUUUGAUGGCCAAUUAUAAACCGCACCGUGAAACGACAGUUGAUGAGGCUAUGAUUGGAUAUACCGGUCGCUUAGGAUUCAAACAAUAUGUGCCAAUGAAGCCGACUAAACGUGGGAUCAAAGUGUGGGUAAGGGCGGACCCUCACAAUGGAUAUGUGAAUGACAUUCAAGUGUAUUUAGGUAAGGAGAACCGUGACGGAGACAAGGGUUUAGGGGAACGAGUUGUGAUGGAUUUAGUAACACCAAUUUUGAAUCGCGGACAUCAUGUGUAUUGUGACAAGUAUUUCACUACGGUAGGACUAUUCGAGGAAUUACAACAGCAAGGAACUUACGCGUGUGGAACAUUUAGAUCCAACAGACGAGGAAUUCCGGACGAAAUAAAACAGCAGAAGCUGAAGGAACAAGGGACAUCUAUCACGAUGCAGAAAGGAAACAUGGUUGCGACAGCUUGGAGGGACAAGAAGACCGUAUUCAUUUUAUCUACAAACUUCGAUCCAACAACGCCGAGGACAACAGUUCAACGAAGGCAGAAAGACGGAAGUCAGAAAGAUGUUUCUUGCCCGGAGUCCGUACGAAAUUACACAAAGUACAUGAACGGUGUUGACCAUGCGGAUCAGCUACGGGCAAUGUACAGUCUAGCGCGCAAGUCAGCCAAGUGGUGGAAAUUUCUUUUCUGGUUUUUAGUUGAUCUUGCCAUAGUUGGAGCCUAUAUUCUGAUGAAGGAAUCACCAAAUCACCAACAGAAGACAAGAACAGGAAAACCUAAGCCACCGACACAACUGGAUUUUCGAAAGAAACUCGCGAAGCAGCUAAUUGGGGACUUUAUGCAGAAAAGGAAACGCGACGUGCUCAAGGAAAAUAUUCAGCUACAAGGCAGGAUAUGCUGGCCGGCUAAUUUGGGAAAAAGGCGAACCUGUAAGAUGUGUUCAAAAAAUGGAAAGCGACGCGAAACACAGUAUGGUUGUGAAGGAUGCGGAGUGAAUCUUUGUGUUGAGUGCUAUAAGCCGUACCACGUUGAAAAAUUUCCGGAGCGAUUUGGGAAAUAGUGCUCAAAAUCAGUGUGUAAAUAAAUUAAAUCUCUGAACAUCAAGAGGGCUUGUAAUUCAUUAACAAAAUAUUAAAUAAAAUAAAUAUAAAUAUAAAACUCUAUAAAUUUACUGCUUAACUUCUCUAUUUACAACAGCAUCUGUGUAAUGUAUAAGCCGCAUCAUGAGAAACCUAACAUAGUGUAUUUCGGACCAGCAUGGAUCUAGAUCAGACUGCGCCUAAGCGCAGUCUGGUCUAGAUCCAUGCUGGUCGCAGACGCGUUAUGUUUGUUUUCUCAUGGCGCGGCCCCUAUAUGGUAUCAUCAUUACCUGUCAGUCAACAAGAAUGACAUUUGAUGUAAAUAUGUUUCAUUAUAAUGUCUAUAAAUUAUUUAACAUUUCUACAUUUUAAAAAAUUCAAAAUAAUUACUUGCCGUUUUGAAAGUGUGCUAAAUUAGAAAUGUGUGUUUAUUGAGCCAAUGCAGUGUCGCGACUAGUUAUGCGAAAGUGAAAUUGUGCGCGUUAUUUAUUAUUCGAUAUGUGGAAAAUACAGGAAUAUAUAAAGCGCAAAGGAAAAAAUAUAUAGUGAACAUCAAGGAGUUGGUAGCAAAUUCAAAAAUUAAGUACCCCCUUCCCUAAAAAAAA